GUUUUGACAGACCGGUCGAGUCAAUUGAGCUAUUUUUCCGCGAAAGAAAUCGAUUUUUUAUCAAACAUUAAUGUAUUAUACAAUAAGGAAUGUCCUAAUGCAAGCUAGGAACACGUAUAAGAAGCUUACAGAUAUGAAUAAGAGUAAUUGUACGAAACUUCAAAUGUGCGGUACCGAGGAGGAGAUGAGGGAAGUAGCUGGCAGGAUAUGCAGGAACUAUCUCCAUGGAGCUUGGAAGACAGUGGACCCUAAGGACCUCAGUUUUAGAAGGAUCAGUGGUGGUCUGUCAAACUUCCUAUACUACAUAGCGUUGCCUGAUGACGUGUCGAAAUGGGGAGGCUACCAGAAACGGGAGAGCUCACCGGAGACAGACCCUGAGAACUGUGACAAUAGGAACUUGAGGAGGACCCUGGUGAAGAGCACUUCCUUCUCCAUUGAGGAACCUAGAAAGGUAUUACUAAGAAUCUACGGGCAAGUGCACGGAGAGCGCGCAAUGGACGCCAUCGUCACUGAAUCUGUGAUCUUCACGCUACUAUCAGAGAGAAGACUUGGACCAAAGCUACAUGGUGUCUUCUCUGGAGGCAGGAUCGAACAGUACAUACCAGCAAGGUGUCUACUGACAAAAGAACUAGCGGAUCCGGCGUUAUCUAUGAAAAUUGCUGAAAAAAUGGCCGCCAUACAUUCAAUGGAGGUGCCCCUUAACAAGGAACCAAACUGGAUUUGGAAGACCAUGUAUAAAUGGUUGAAGACUGUUAAAGAGGAGAGGCUGAACAAUACUGCUCAGGGAAAGAACGAACAAGAGCAGCGUAUCAUCCAGCAGCUCAAGAACACAGACCUGGAGAAAGAAAUUGAAUGGCUGAAGAAAUUCCUGGCUACUGUCGACUCCCCCGUGGUCUUCUGUCAUAAUGAUAUGCAAGAAGGCAACAUCCUACUCGUCGAAGACACCCAAACGACAUCAGACGACGAGGUAUUACCCAUAUACGUACAAACAUUCGAUGCAGACGAACCACGAACAGCUAAAAACGGCUCCAUAGAAAAAGACAAUUUCUUCGAAGACGCUAAUACUUCGGACACGGUCAUAAGUCAUAUGUCGGAUUGGGGGGAGCCUAAAUUGGUCCUAAUUGACUUUGAGUACUGUGCCUAUAAUCAUAGGGGGUUCGAUAUCGCCAAUCAUUUCCAAGAAUGGGCAUUUGAUUACACCAACCCUGAACAUCCGUUUUAUUAUGAGCACCAAGAUUGUACGCCGAGCUUGGAACAGAAGGAAAUAUUCAUCCGUGAAUACCUGAAACACUAUCAGGCGAACGUCUCAGAUAGAACAGAAGUCAGUUUGGAUGACGUGAACAAAUUACUGGAUGAAGUGGAAGCGUUCGCCCUGGCUAGCCAUCUGUUCUGGGCGCUGUGGUCCAUUGUCAAUGCUUCCAAGAGCCAGAUACCUUUUGGAUAUUGGGAAUACGCAGUGUCAAGACUAGAAACCUACCUAAGGUUAAAACUAGAAGUGAUCAAGAAGGACAAAUACGGACUCCCUCAAAAGAGGAAAAUCUGCGAGGUCGACAUAUGAGAGGGGUUGGGAGAACUCGCGCUGUAGACCCCAAAAAGUCACUCCGGCGCAGAGCUACUUGGACCCCAUGCGGUCCAGACCCCGGUCAAGUAAGACCCCGAUGAGUUUGACCCCGAAUUUUGAGUUCUUGAGAUGGACAUUUAAGUUCGUUGUGGAUAUUUUGGUUCAUAAUGGACUUUGGGAGUGUCGUCAAAGGUCUGUGUAUAUUUUUUGGAACGUGAUCAAGGUCCAGUGGGGAUUGGGUAGUGAUCCAGUUUGAUAUUGGAAAGUUUAUGAGUUCCGGUGUAAAUAUAAAACUGAUUUUUUGAUUCCUUGCAUACAGUAUUCCUUAGGAAAUUAGGUUUUGUAUCCAGUUUUUUUAGACCCCUAAAAGUCUAAAAUUGUCAAUGUCGGGACCCCAAAAAGUCCUUUAUUAAAAAUGCUAGUAGUUUUACGAGUAUGGUUGGCAACACGAGAUUUUUCAAAAUAUUUUUGAUUUGUGGUAAUACAAAAUCAACUUUAUUCUUGGACAUUCAACACCAAUUUUUCAAAGAAGUCUUGUGUUGCCAACUGUACUAUUUCAACAUGAGAUCUGCAUAUCCUACUUAGAUUAGAUGGCUUGAUGAUAUCUAAGCAGUUUGAGAUUUUCUCGAAUCAUUACUAUAAGUACAAACAAUGUUUGAAAAAUUAUGAAAAAUGACUGAAAAUGUAAGAAUUGAAACGUAUUGGGCGGUUCAGGUAAAGAAAUUUACGAGUUCGAAAGUUGAAAGAAUUCGAAAAAUUAAGUACUUAAUUUUUUUUUCUAAAAAGUUGGCCAACUGUUUUGCGAUAGUUGCCCGACUUUUUUACUAUUUUAUGUUUAAUGCAUGUUUAUUUAUGAGCGCAGUUAAAGAGUGCUUUAUUAGUACUUAAUUAUCAUUUUUAUCGUGGUAACUUAAUUGCUCACGUGAGCAACUAAGUGGUCUUCGUCAUUUUCUUGCAACAAAAAUUAUGCACAAUGCAAUUUAAGUAAUAAUGAAAUGUAUCUUUAUCGCGAAGAAAUUUAAAAAAAAGUUGCUCAAAAGUUGCCUUCGAGUCGCCCAAUGUAGAUUUCGUCUUAGAUAAAAAUGGAUAUGUUUACUGUACUAUAAGAGAUCUCUUAGUUACCAAAAGAAAAAAAAUAUAUAAAAAAUCCAAAAAAAAAAUAUUGACGAUAAAAAAGAAUAUUAUAGUAACGGCUUA